AUGGACGGGACAUACAAUAACCCCUACGCGCAAGCGCAAUCUCCAUUAUCCCCUCAGACUCCCUCGGCCGGAGCAUACCAAGUCAACGUCAGCCGCCAGAAGACGAGAAAAUGGGUCCAAGCGCCCGUUCAGAACUAUGACGGUGAUGACUGGGGUGCCGAUGAGUUCGAAGACGACGAGCCGCCGCCGCCGCCUCCUGUCCCUCGGGUCACCACGGGCCUCCGUCCCGUUGGCCAACGGUCCGAAUCCUACGGCCCUUCCCCGAUGCUGGCCGCCGCUGUGGCAUCAAGUUCACAGAGCUCCAGCGGCCCGCCUUCGUUGCACAUCCAGACCCAGCAGAAUGCUUCUCCCUCGACCGCAGCUCCUGCCCGUGGCCCCGAGCAAGUCCACAAUGCUGCUGCACUGGGAGCCGGACGAACCGGCUCACCCGCCCCCGCGUCUUCCGGCGCAGGAUCGUCAAAGGCCCCCAGCUAUCAUCAGCCCGAUGUCCGAUCUUCCACACCGCAAAGCACCGCCAGCUCUGGUGCUCGCGCUUCUCCCGCGAUUCGACCGUCUGAACUGUAUCGUCACGUAGACGAGGACCGAAGGCUGGGUGGUUCACCUCUAUCCAUUGCCGAAGCUAUUGCGGCGAAACCCAGUGACCGAGCAACGCCACCACUGAACGAGCCGAACCGCCAGAAUUACAACCAAGGAGAUGGUCCUGGUAAUCAACCAAUCCAAAAGCAGCCGACGUUCGAUAGUAUCCUCGCUAAAAGGGAGGACUCUGGUUUCGCGCAACGAAGCUUCGACAAUGCGCCAGUGGCCGAAAGCCGACCUCUUUAUGAGGAAACCCACGAUGAUAAGGAGGAGCCCGUGAUUCACCCAGCCGCCGGUAUCGAUCGCAAGCGAAUGUCCGUCAGCCCACAGCUGCCCAGCAUGUUGCGGAUGUCGGGCUUCGGGGACGACUUUUUUUCCUCGUCAAGUUCAGUUCCUCCUUCCGCACCCCUGGAUCCUGUAAAGCAGGAACAGCCCCCCGCACCAGCACCGGUCGCCCCUGCUCCUCCGUCACAAUCCGAUAAGAGCUCAUCCCACGAGGUUUCCACGAUCGACGAGGCUCCCAAAGAGAACACGAAUAGCCCAAGGGUCGCGGUCAUUUCUCAAAACCCGGCCCUCGCACCUGCGAAUGACCCUCGAGCCAUUCCGCCUCUGCGCACGCCGAGUCCUCAUACCAAGUCCCUGGAAGUAGCAGCACUUUCUGGCUCUCCCCAGUCCACACUGCCCGAGAUUACACCCACUGAGCCUCUCAAGCCCCGUGUACCGGAAUACUCCCCUUCAGACUACGAGCCUCAAUCGGCCCAGACACAACAGACCACGAGCACUUUUAAUGCAUCGCCUGUUAAGGAAAGCGACAUGUUGAGUGAAGAGAUCAUGAAGUCCCUGAGUCCGAUCGGCCAGAGUUCUGCCCUGGCUCCCCCACCAGACAACUCGCAGACUUUGACGCCAGGCAACCGAAAUGAUACGAGGAAUAGCAGCUACACUCUAAGCGGCUACGAUGAUUAUUGGGCUGAUACGACCGAGAAGCCAGCACAAGAAGCGAACAACGAGGUGAAGGAUCACGAGAAGCCGCAGCCAGUGCCUGCUCCGGCAGCUGCUCCGCUUCCACUGCCUUCUCCAGUGCCGGAACAGAAGGCCCUUGGCUCCGGCUCAUCCAGCCCAGCUCCUCCACCGGCUGAGGAUAAUACGGAACCAGAUUCUCUAGGUUUGCGCCGAAAGUUUUCCUGGGAGGCCGAUUUUGGCCCUUCGCCCAACUUUUUUAAGAGCGAGUCGCCUGCUGAAGCUUCAUCCAAGAACGAGGCUCCCACUGUCAAUUCUCCUUCGCCACUUGUUGUAUCUGCUAUUCAGGCUCCUAGGGAUGCCACACCUGAACCCGCUGGCCCAUCGAGGAGCUCUCCGGGGGCUGUCGAGACUCCCAUGAUCGUCGUUCCGCCGUCAGGUGGGAUCUCACACCAGGUUUCCAAAGCCAGCACACUUCCUCCGACACAGCAACCAGUUGUUCUUGAGCCUCCGUCUCCCAUUUCUGUUCGAACUGAUGAGAGUACACCACACGGCCUUGACCGUGUCGGGACUGGGGUUGAAGACAAGGUGCUCAUACCGACACCAUCAACCAUCACUGCGUCAGCGACACCACCCCCUGAGAAACCACAACCACAGACACUGGUGCUUCCUCCGAGCGAGUUUCCUCAAACCAUCCCGUUCCGCGACAUCAUGAAUCUUUCCACCCCCCUUCAAAGAACUCUCAAGUUUGAUGCAGGCCGGGCCACAUACGCCGCGUGGGAGUCAGGUCUGGAGAAUUGGCUCUCUAACCUGAUGACUCAACAACCCGAGUAUGCUCACGCAACUGGCUCUUUCUCGGGAGCUGGUCUUCCUGGUUCGAGUCAGGGAGGGCAUGCUUCAACACCAAGCGGAUCUCACUCACAGCAGCCAUACUACCAGCAGUAUCUUAACGCAAGCUCUCCGACCACGACGGCUCCGGCAGCGGGCCGAUCUCGAUUGGGCGGCUUGCCCCUGUCAGCACCAUCCGGCUCCAGCAGCUUUGGAAACUCGGGUAACCAGCUGGGUACCAAGAGCAAGGAAUUCAUGCAUUCGGCUGGCAAGAUGGGCAAGGGACUGUUCAGCAAGGGGAGGAGCAAAUUGCGCGGAACCGGGGACAAGGGCGAACCCAUCCCUCCCCCGGUGCAAAUCAAGACCAAGAAUGAGAGACGCACGUCAUGGGGCCUAAGCCUUGGAGCAAAGUCCCGCGCUGAUGAAUCUGCAUCGCAAGCCGAGAAAGACAUGAUGUACACGAGGCCUCCGACCCAACCGCACCAGGCUCCCCAAUCCUCCCAGUCGUCUGUUGUAUCUCCCUUUGGCCCUGCACCUCAACAUGGUGACCCAGGUAAACGACUUGCUUCACGAGAGAGCUACGGACCCCCACCCAUGAGCGGACCGGCAACCCUUCCCAGUAGGGAUCAAGAAGAUAGGACGGAAUGGCAAAUCCCAACGCCUGAUAAUGACAACUCUACCUGGGAUCCUUUCAAGGGCACGGACCUUGGGAAGGACGAUGCUUCGGAACACUCUGGAGUCCAGCUUGGGAACCGAGAAGAUCAUGGCCAGCCAAACCGUGGCGCUGAAGUGCCAUCUGGUAAGCCGGUGUCUGGCGACGCGACACCUACUCUUGCCAAUACUGGAGGAAUCCGCAUGGUGCCGCCGGAAGUGCCCGCAACUUCGUCUCAGCAGCCUACAUCUGCCUUUGCUACCCCCUCUCAACCAGUCCCUGCUGGUGCCCCUCCCCAAACCCAGAACGAGGCAGGUAUGCCUCAACGUCAGUCGUCUUUCGUUGGUUUGCCAUUGAUUAGAAGAGGCUCAACUUUUGACGUAACCACAAAGCCCGCUCAGUCGAAGCCCACCGAGACGAUCACUGAAGGGGUUUCUACCGAUGUUGACGAGGAUGCAGCUGCCGGGCAACAUGGAACACUCACUUCCGAGGUCACAGUUGGUUCGACUUUGGUCGGUACAGAUUCUCUGAUAGUCGGUAAGGAUUUUGAGAAGGAUGUCGAUGAACCUGAGCAGCAGACUCCUGCAGAUGCGCCAACUGCUCAGCAACAGCAGCAACAACCUCAGCAUCAACCGCGGCCGCCCCUUCACUCGCAACCGCAACACCCAUUCCAGAUGCACCCAGUCCAUCAAGGCUCCAUGCCACUUCAGCACCCGCAGUUUGGACCCCGGCAAAUGGUCCCACCUGGCAUGAUGGGUGGCAACCCUAUUCACAGACUUCCUCCCUCUGGACCAUGGAAGUUGGAGGAGAGCCAUCUCUCUGAGCCUCUCCACCGUGUCACUCCUAAGCCCCAACAGCUUCCCCCAACUGGUCAAUGGAAGCUUGAAGAAAGCCACCUGGCUGAGCCUCUCCAUUCUGUUAACAGAAACCGUGCCGGUACCAGCAGCUCACACCAAGAGCUUUAUUUCGGAUAUGACAAGGAGACUGGGAUUGAUCUGCCUUCACCAACGAGCUCUGUAGCCACGAGUCCUGUAUCCAAGCCGUUCCAACAUCGACAAAAGCCAAGUGAAACGCCUCCAUCAUCAGCGAACCGAUACCCAGGCCUCUUUCCGGGACAGCCACAAGCACAGCAAACUCCUAAAGACGGACCUCCUGGCCCUACUCCGCAGUUUAUGAGACGGCUAUCUAACGAGGCAGGUAUUACGCGAACUGGAACGGGAGGUCCAGAGGAGGAACGUGGUCGUUCAAGAAAGGCAUCAGCGUUGUUCAAGGACAUUGGCAGUCGGUUUAGAAGGGGAUCAUCUGAGCGCCGAGGCACGUCUGUGGAGCCCAACCCACAGCAGCAACAACAUCAGCAACAGCCUUCCCAGUCUCAUGCGCCUGAGCAGCCGCAUCUGCUAGGUGACGGGGCUUCUGUAUCCAGCAUCACCACAGACGAAAUCCAAGAGCGUAAGAAGGCCAGGUCGAGCUUCAUGCUUGGACUGCGAAAUCGCCCCUCGACGGACCACGGGCGACAAAAGAGCGGAGAUGGGUUGAUGGGACCUCCUCCUCGUCCAGAUGAAGCCAGACCAGAGACGUCGCCGGAAGAACGAAAGCUAUCUCGCUUCGGUACAGGUCUCGGUGCUCUCACUGGCCACCAUCACAAGUCCAGCGGCCCUCUUCGCGCAUCUACAUCAAACCUAGCUAAUGAGCCUGGUACAAGCACGCCCCUCCCCAAGAAGAGAUUCUCGGGUUUUAACACCAAGGCUGCAGUAGCUGGUGUCUUCCACCACCGUCCAAGUGGAGAUAUGACGCCCAAACCGGGGACCCCCAACUCCUCAAGGCCUAUCUCAAGUCAGCUUGUACUCCAACAACAAGCGUCUUUGGAGCGUCCAGAGUUUUCUCAUCCUGGAUUUGAGAGGAGCAACACAGCCGGUCCGUCAUUCGGCCAGAUGCAGCAGCCCACCCUAGCGAAUGCGCAGCCGCUUGAUCCCCAGGAACGCCGGAGGAGACGGGGUUCAGCGGCCGGGUUGAUCUCUGGGCUGUUGGGUCAUGGCGGUAAGCAUAAGGAAGAGCAUCAGGACGCGCCGGUUCGACCACCUUCGGGACAACACCUUUCGAUGCAACAACCCCAACAGCCCCAGAUGCAGCAGCCUCCAAUGCAGCAACCACAGGCUCGCCAACCUUCCGGGCCUCAAGUCGGCAACCCCCAGCUCGGAGGCCCUCAGCUGCCUAGGCUGCAAACCCAGGGUCAACCUCAAGGCCCUCCCCAGGGCCGUCGCCCUUCAGGCCCUCAGCUUCCAACCCCUCAGCUUCCUGGACCACAGCUUGGUAGCCCUCAACUUCCGGGAUCGCACCCUGCUAGUCCCCAAAUUUCAGGCCCAACAAUUGCCAGCCCUCAGCCUCAGAGGCCUCAGCAGUAUGGAAGUCAGCAGCCUCCCAUGCUCCGUCGGAUGACUGGAACCUCUUCGUUGCUCGAGCAGACUCCGACGUCCCCUGACAGGCCCCCCUCAGGCGGGCCUCACCAGAAGCAGCAGGCUCAAGUCGCCUACCAAAAUUCUCGUCCGUCGCCGCUAGGUUUUGGACCGUCAACAACGCCAGGGGGAACCCCCCCUAUCGGCACAACGAACGUCCCAAGUCGUCAUGGGACGCCGCAGACUCCUUUUAGUGUCGGACAGGUCCUUUCUGAUAAUGGAUCUGGCAGGAUGCGAUCGACCUCACCCACAGCCUCGGCUGUACGCCCUGCCCCGAUGUCGCAGGGCGCCUACCACAAUUCAACACAGUCCCUGGAUAAGCUGGUUCGGCCUGGACAAGUCGGUGGCCAAGCUCAACAGCCUGUUGCCGGCUCACCUGCUAUGGCAUUUCGACCUGACGCUCGGCCGGCUAAUGGUCGCGUUGAGAAUAAUACUCAAGAUGACUUGCCUCUAUCUCCAGUUUCUCAAGUGUCAAACAUGGGACCUCCAUCAGUCUCUUCUAUCGCUACAGGGCAAAGUCCUCGACUGACAACAUCCGGGCCAGCUAUGGGAAGGAGACAAUCCUCUCAGCUUUCACAAACAUCACAGCCAAACACGCCCGCGCUGUCCAUGGCCUCUCAUACUCCACCAACGCAACACCAACCGUUUUCUACUCGCAUGGGGAUGUCGCCACAGCAGCAAUACCAGCAGCAGUUCCCUCCAGGGUUCCAACCGCAGGUUUCUAACCCCCAGCAGGGCGGCCAACAAAACUUUCCCAGUCAGCAACAGCCGGGCGGUUUCCGUGGGCAGCCAAGCCCACACCCUUCGUCCUUUGCCCCUGGGCGUCCAUCAAUGCAAAUGCAGCACUCUGUCGGACCUCAAGUACCUCCGAAGGACAACCUGGGACCUCCACCUCAGCCUUAUGCCGCAGAAGCACCUCGUCAAGGUAGUCCCGCGUCGUCUAAGUGGAAGGGACUGAAGAACCGAAUGUCGGGGCAGGCGGUGCAUAAGCCAUCAUCGAGUCAGAGCAAGCCGGAAGGAGAGAAGCUGUCCGCGAGCAAGAUUCUCGGGGCAUUUAAACGAAGCUCCAAGCAAGCGCCGGCUGUCGAACACUCUUUUCAGGGAGGUUACCAAGGAGGACGGCAGCAUCAGCAGUUCCCUGGUCAGCCCCCCUACGGCCAAACCCCGACCCCACGACAGUCUUCUCAGUUUGGCAGUCCCCCAGUCGGCCAGAUGCAAACCCCACGGCAAUCCUCUCAGCAGUUUAGUAGCCCACCUGUCGGACAGAUGCAGACUCCGCGACAGUCCUCCCAGUUCACCAGCCCACCCAUGGGCCAACAUCAAUUCCAGAGACCUCCAGGACCUAUUGGUCAGGGUCAGCCUGGUAUGGGCCAGCCGUAUCCCGGCUAUGGAUUUAAGCCUCAGGGCCAAUUCCAAUCCCCUCCUCAACCACAGGGUCAGUUCCAGUCUCCUCAACAACACCAGGGCCAAUUUCAGUCUCCACCUCAGGUCCAAGGUCAAUUCCGUUCUCCUCCGCAGGCUCAGGGCCAGUUCCAAUCCCCUCCCAGACCUCAAGAUCGAUUCCCAUCGCCGCCUCUCCCACAAGGCCAGUUCGAAUCUCCUCCUCAACGCCAAGUCCAAGGCCAGUUCCAGUCACCACCCCAGGCCCAGGGUCAGUUUCAAUCUCCGCCUCAACCUCAGGGUCAGUGGCAAUCGCAAACGCAUAGCCCCGGAGGCCAGUUUGCUCCAUCCCCUUACCAGCCAGGCCAGUUCCCUACCCAGGGACAAGGAAUGACCGGGCAAUCCCCGAAUAGGACACACCCGAGCCCUCGCGUUCAGCAGGGGCAUAUGAUGCAGCAAAGCACUCAUCAACAGCAGCAGCCGAUCACGGUCCAAACGUCGGUCCCCAUUCAGCAGCCAAUUCCCGUACACGCGCCAUCACCCCAUCAAGGAGCCUUGUUGCAGCAGUUCAUGCCUCCGGCAGCCAACAAUCAGCCCAACAACGCGGAGCAUCAAGGAAACAGAGGAGGGCAGCCAAGCCAUCCGGCGUUCGCGCACAGAGGUAGUCCAGCUAAUACUAACCAGCAAGGAAGGCCGGACAUGCAGCGUCUUGUAAGCAAUGACAGCCAUCACAGCGGUGGAAGCAGCGGAAGCUCAAGGCUAGGCAGCAACCCUCCUCCCGCGGUUCAGUAUUCAUCCCCUAGGAUGGUCGCCGGCGAGAAUGAGGCUACCAAGCCUCUGCCUCCAGCUGGGGGUGUACCUGUGGUUGCUGCGACUGCUGCUGGUGCAUCGCCAGCCGGCGGUCAACCUCUUGUGGCGAUGAACGAGAACUCGGCGCCCAAGACCGAAGAGCAUCGCGCUCUUUCGUUGAGCCCUCCCAGCGGGUCGAACGGCGAGAUCAGCCCGGUCAACUCGGCCCUUCUGUCUCAACCAACGCCGGAGCCCAAGAGCACGAUCAAUGCGGCGCCCGCCCAAAACGAAACAACACACGGCAAGGCCGUUUCACCCGAAAGCAACGGCAAUGGGGUCGCUACCAAGGCGACUGGCGGGCCUUCCUUCUCCGCCGAGCUGGAAGAUACAGAGGAUGCUCGGAAGCGCACGUUGCGGAUCGACUCACAGGAGGAGAAGAUCCAUUAUGACCCUAAUGCCGACUCGGAUGGAGAACUGCCUCCUCAGAUGAGCGCAACGAGUUAUCCCGGACAGGAGUGGAACCCUUACGGAGGGGAAUAUGGAGAUCUCGAUUAA